UUAAAUCACGACCUUCCGGUGGGGGAGCGGGAUUCAAACAUGUAGCUCCUCCUCUAUCCGCUGCUCUGCUGCUUCACAUCGCAGGAAACAAAAACUAAACUAAACAUCAGCCGAAAAACAAAAUGGGAGCGUCGUUGGACACUCCGGCGACUUGUCCUCUGUGCAACGAGCUGACCGGGGACCCCGUCACUCUGAAGUGUAACCACCGGUUCUGCCAGCGGUGUAUCGGGGACUUGUGGAGCGUUACACCGAACGGGCCGUACCACUGUCCGGAGUGGAGGUGUAAGACCGUCUACCACACUCUGCCGUAUGACAGCAAACGGUCCUUCACCAACAGUCGGUGGGCUCAGCCUCGCAGCGCCGCAGGCACAUCGAGUAAUGAUGAACAAAAUACAUUGCAGAGACCUUCACUCUCCAGCCGACUUCUCGGGAAGAGAAAAGCCAGCACACCUGUAUCAGAGCAACCUGACACAAAGCGAUCAACUGUGGCAUCUCCCCGUGUGCUGUUCAAUGAGACUCCCACCACGUCCUUCUCAGAUAAACCUUGGCCGUUUACGAGUGUGGAGACAUCCAAGAAAGCAGUGCAACCAGAACCUACCCAGUCUGAGCGUGGUGAUGGCACAUCUUCCAGUGACAACUCUAACAGCAAGGCAGUACCUGCAAGUGAUGUGAUGCAUGUGGACAUCUCAAUCCAGCAGAACCAGCAUAAAUCAGAGGAAGUCAUCUCAUUGGAGGACUCCGACACAUCCAAUGAAGUAGAUAUAUGUGAUGCACCUGCUCUUUCAACCCCCAGGAAAGACACACAAGUGGCAGGAAUUAAUGCAUCUGUCAACUCUGAUUCCUCUCCUGGGUUCUCGACUCCCAGUAAAUUCAAGUCUCCCCUGAUAUCCACCAAACAUCCUGCCGAUGCUCCAGGAUCCCCAAGUAGUAUUGGCAUCUUCCCGGGGUCAGAGAGCAAAAAUGCCAGCCCUGUGCCCUGCCAUUAUUGCCCUAAAGCUAGGUGUCAAUCCGCUGUGAAGACCUGUCUGGUGUGCGGAGCUUCCAUGUGUUCAGAGCACCUGCGUCCCCACCUGGACUCUCCCGUCUUCCAGAAUCACACCCUGGUUCCUCCCAUGGAGGAUUUUUCUCCCUGGAGGUGCCAGGAGCACCAGGAGAUGAACCGUAUCUACUGUCGGCAGUGUGUAGUGUGUGUGUGCACGGUGUGUACGGUCAUUGGCUCGCACCGCGACCACGUCUGCAUCAGCAUCAGGGAGGCAGAGAGAGAGCUCAGGGGAAACCUAAAAGACGAAAUCAAACAACUGCAGGAGACUGAACAGGAAGUGAAGAGCAGAGUGACUGAACUCACACAGAUGAAAGAAACCUCCAAAGUGGUUUUAAGUGAGGCUCGAGUCGGGGUGCAGCAGCAGUACGGAGCCAUCAGAGAGGCCCUGGAGCAGGAGGAGCAAUCAGCUCUUCAGUGUGUGACCAAGGAGGAGAAAAGGGUUCUGGGGGGACUAGAGGAGAAACUCGGCCACCUCCAGAGCUCCCUGCAGUCCAUCCAGCAGGGCCUCCACACCCUGGAGGGGCUGGCUGAUGCCAAGGGAGACAAACGCAUUCAGGACCAGGUCUUCAUUAUGGAAUACAGCAAGGUCGCCAAACUGGCUAGUAGCAUGGGGAGCUGUGUGGACCAGUUCGAGGCUCCAGAGGAAGUGGAUCAGGCUCGGCUGAAGUGUCUGCAGAGGUGGACCGAGAAACGUCUGGACACAGUCGUCAUCACUGUGCCGGGCAAAUACAGAGACCUCUACAGACUGCUCUAUGGUACGGCCCCCACCUUGGAUGCAGAUACAGCCCAUCUCAAGCUGCAGCUGUCUGAUAACAACAGGAGGGUGACCUACAGCGAAGCCCAGCAGGCCUACGCCGAGCACGAAGCCCGCUUCAGCUCCUUCCCACAGGUCCUGGCCUCCUGUCCCCUGGAGGGGGGUUGCUGGUACUGGGAGGUGAACGUGUCUGUGGACGAGGGCCGCUGGAAGGUGGGGCUGUGCGAGGCUCAGAUAGAGAGGAAAGGCCAAAAGGACAACUCUCGUCUGGGCUUCAACCCGUACUCCUGGUGCCUGGCCUGCGACAAGAAGAAGGUGGAAGCUCUGCACAACAAGGUGGCGGUUCCUCUGGACGCAGACGGGCUGGAGAGGGUAGGAGUGUUCCUGGACUUUGAGGAGGGUAUUUUAUCAUUCUUUAAUGUGACACCAGGGGGCAGUCUAGCUUUAAUGCAUUCCUACAAGCACAGCUUUACUGACCCUCUGUACCCAGCCCUGUCUGUGUCUAAAACACACCUGGCCAUCUGUGAUCUGUUUCAGUCAUAAAUCAUGCAUACUGGCAUGAAAAUGAACAGAAUACAUGAAAGCGCUGUGCCUUUUUAUAUGUGAAAACCAUUUUAUCAUUAAAAAAUAGAUUGGAAUUUGUAUAAAUCUCGGGGAUGCUAGUUAUGCACUGUGUAGUAUAUAAUGCUCUACUUCAUAUGUGAAAUUAUAUACCUUUAUAUCAUUAAAAUACUGGAAUUGUUCCAUUACGGAAAUGGCAUUCAUUAUAAACCAUACAUACAGCAAAUUCUUUGUAACAAGAUUUUAAUUUUCAUGUAUUAGAUUUUAGAUUCAGCACAAGUUGUUACAUAGGGGGAAAGUUAUCAGUGCAAAAUCACUGAAAAAGUUGAUAUUUCCAUUUUAAACAUGUUUUAAAAAUGUUCUUUGUGUCGUCUUUUUACAGUAAUAAAAGGACAAAGUAAAACCUG